GAGUGAGUGUAGUGGUGUGUGUGAGUUUGUGAGUGAGUGUAUAUUGUGUGCUUGAGUGAGGUGAAUUUUUGAAUGUGAAUCAUGCAAUCAGUUUUGAAUAUCACCACCAUGCAAUCAGUUUUCAAUGUGAGUUUUUGAAUGUGAAUUGACUGGAACAGUUUUGAAAUUGAUUAAACUUUGGCAAAAUUUUUGUCUCACUUCGUGUUUGUCUGAGAACUUUGGAUAUAUACGAGAACUUUACUUUGCAUAUGUAAUGUGUGUUGUGUAAUAGGUGAGACACUCGAUUGAGGUGCCGUGUUGCAUUCUUUUCUCUGAUACGUGUUGCAUUGUUUUUUAAUUGCAUUGUUUUUAAAUAUUCUUAUCUGUUAUUAUGUAGUUGCCCUUGAUGGGGUUGUUUGACGUAUUAAAAUAUUUUAUUUUUUUAUUAUAGCUCAUUAUGGAAGAUCAUCAUUUUAGUUAUUUGAGUUUCUUGGAUUCUCAAGUGGAUUCUCAACUAAAUUGUAGUCUCAUGUUAGACUUUUCUGAUUUUGUUCAUGAUAUCUGCAAACAAGAUUAUACAUUUAAUUUUACAACUGAUGAUAUCUUUCCAACACGUGAAGAUUUAAUUAAGUGGGUUAGAGGGGUUGCUUAUAAUCUUGGAUUUGUUGUUAUUAUUCUAAGAUCAGAUAAAUAUAAUGGACAACCAGGAAGAAAGACCCAUGUAUUAUUAGGUUGUGAAAGAGGUGGAAAAUAUAGAAAUACAAAUGUGAUGCAGAACCGACUUUAUCUAGGACAAGAAAAUGUGAUUGUCCCUUUAGAUUGAGAGGGAGACCCAUCUCUGAAGGGGAGGGAUGGGUGUUGAACGUAAAAUGUGGUUACCAUAAUCACGAUGUCUCAUCUACUCUAGUUGGUCACCCCUGUGCGGGUAGGUUGAAGUCUACUGAACAGUCAUUGUUUGUUGAUAUGACUAAAAGUCAAGUAAAACCUGCAAAUAUACUUCUCACUCUCAAAGAAAAAGAUGAGUGUAAUGUUACAACUCUGAAGCAAGUGUAUAAUGCAAGAUAUAGGUACAAACGUUCAAUAAGAGGUUCAAGGACUGAGUUACAACAAUUAAUGUUGAUGUUGGAACGUGAUCACUACAUCCAUUUUAGUAGAUGUCUUGAUGAAUCUGAUGUGGUUAGCGAUCUGUUCUAGACCCAUCCUGAUGUUGUGAAGUUGUUAAAUUCAUUCAAUAUUGUGUUCUUAAUGGAUAUUACUUACAAAACCAACAAAUAUCGGUUGCCAUUGCUUGAGAUUGUUGGUGUGACCUCAACAGGAUUAAUUUUCUCAGCCGCGUUUGCAUUUUUAUCUAGUGAAAAGCAAAAUAAUUUCAUUUGGGCUCUUGAAAGGCUAAGAGGUCUAUUUAUGACGUCUGAGGGUAGUCCACAAGUCAUUGUAACUGACAGGGAUCUGGCUCUAAUGAAUGCUAUUGGCAUUGUGUUCCCUGAAUGUUAUCAUCUUCUAUGUCGUUUCCAUAUUCAAAAUAAUGUGCAGGCAAAGUGCAAAAUGUUAGUGAAUUCUGUUGAUACAUGGGAUGUUGUACUGCAAGCCUGGGAGAAUGUCAUGGACUAUAAAGAUGAAUUAAAGUUUAACGAUUGUGUUAAUCGUCUUGAGCUUGUUUGCCAGUCAUGGCCUGUAUUCUUUGAAUAUGUUAAUGACUCGUGGAUCAUUCCUUACAAGAAAUUCUUUGUGAAGGCAUGGACGAACAAAGUUAUGCAUUUAGGGAAUACAACAUCAAACAGGGUUGAGUCUGCUCACUGGAGUCUGAAGAAAGUUCUUGGAAGUAGUAUGGGAGACCUUUGUUCGUGUUGGGAUGGAAUUCACAACAUUAUUAUCUUGCAACAUAACGAAAUUAAGGCGUCUUUUGAAAGAAGUAUAAAUUUGAUCAGUGACUCUUACAAGGCAUUGAGUUAUAGAAGAUUAGUGGGAAAUAUUUCUAGAUGUGCCUUAGAACUCCUUGCUCUAGAGUUGGAAAGAGUAAAGAAGAUAUGCACGUGCAGCAAACUCCCAUAGCUCGUUAUCACAACAGCUAUCAUACAACUCUCUUAACCAGCUAAGUCUGACCUGUGCACCUCGACUUUGAUUCAGCUCCUCACAAGCCAUGGCCCGAUCAACACCAAGAAGUGUCAUCAAAAUCUCAACUGAAUCUUCAUAUUCAAGAUUUUUAGUGGAGCAAAAAUUUCCAGUGAUGGGAAGAUGGAGGAGCGACCAAACGUCAUCUAAAGUGAUAGUCAUCUCCCCAAUGGGUAGAUGAAAAGUAUUAGUCUCGGGAUGCCAUCUCUCCACGAAACCCAAUACUAACCCAAGAUCGGUAUAUUCAUAUAAAAUAUCGCAAAGAGGCGAUAAUCCAGAAGCUACCACAAAUGGGAGAACAGAAGGGUGAGGACGUCCUAAUUUCUUCACUUUUUUAAUAUGGGAGACUAUUUUCACAACUCGAUCCUAACAUAAAAGAAACAAAAAAGAACAAAAAUACAUAACAACAAUAAAAUUAAACAUUUAUAAAAACUUCUU